AAAUAUUUGAAAUGUUUUUGUAAACAGAUACACGUAUUUAUUAGUAUGUACAAGUUCAGCUAACCCAGAGACGUUCACGACACACAACUUCCAAUACUACUGAAAGAGUGUAUUACGGAAGUUAAGCACCAUGCCAGCACUUCGUAAAAUAGCCAAGUAUGGUAUGUACGGCACUGGAGCUGUUGCUGUAGGAGCCUCAGUGGCAUUGGGUAUGGGACUGUUAAAGAAGGAAUCGUCAGACGAUGUCACAGAGGAGUUUGUAACUUCCAAAACGGUUACAUCUCGUGAACAGAGCAUCAAGCAAUUGAAAGAGAGAAAGUUCGAUGUUCUGGUUGUGGGUGGAGGUGCUACUGGAUCUGGGUGUGCACUCGAUGCAACUACACGUGGACUGAGCACGGCCUUGGUAGAGCGUGCGGAUUUCGCGAGUGGUACAUCUUCCAGGUCGACCAAGUUGAUCCAUGGAGGUGUGCGAUAUCUGGAGAAGGCCGUGUUCCAGUUGGAUCUGGGACAGUUGCAAUUAGUCUUUGAGGCUCUUCACGAGCGAAAAGCCAUGAUUGAUCAUGCCCCUCACUUGGCCCAUCCCUUGGCCAUUAUCACUCCCUGCUACAAGUGGUGGGAGGUACCGUACUUCUGGGCGGGUAUGAAAGCAUACGAUUUUGUUGCCGGCACACAGGGUCUCUUCUGGUCCAGUCUUAUGACCGCGCGAAGUGCGAGCCGUGUGUUCCCCACUCUCUCGGAUGUGCGUGAUGGAGGUGACCGUCUGUGCGGUGCCAUUGUGUACUACGACGGACAAAUGGACGAUGCGCGUAUGAACCUUGCCAUUGCUACCACGGCUGUCCGUGCAGGCGCCACUGUAGCCAACUACACAGAGGUUUUGAAGCUGGAGAAGGAUGCCAAUGGCAAGAUUACCGGUGCUAUUGCUAAAGAUCUGGAGACUGGUGAGGAAUUCCGCAUCCAGGCCAAGUCCAUCAUCAACGCAGCCGGUCCGUUCGUCGACGCUCUUCGUUCCAUGGACACACCAGACGUCCCUAAAAUUGUUGCCCCGAGUUCAGGAGUACACGUGACCCUACCGGAUUUCUACUCGCCCCAAGACAUGGGACUGAUUGUACCCAAGACUGAGGACGGCCGUGUGGUGUUCAUGUUGCCAUGGCAGGGACACACCAUCGCCGGAACAACCGACACCGCCUGUGACUUGACCAUGGAGCCCAAGGGUAGUGAGGAGGAGGUUGCCUUCAUCCUGAAAGCCAUCAAGGACUACCUGACUGUGGAUGUGCGUAAGGAGGAUCUUCUGUCUGUGUGGAGUGGCAUCCGUCCUCUAGCCAGCGACCCAUCCGCUGGCAACACAGAGAACAUCUCGCGUGACCAUGUCGUAUUUGCCGAUGCCUCUGGUCUGGUGACUAUCACCGGUGGAAAGUGGACCACAUACCGUCUGAUGGCUGAGGAUGCAGUCAACAAAGCCAUUGAGCAGUGCAAUCUGGUCACACCCCGUGAGUGCCAAACCGCAAACAUCAAACUCACUGGAGCCGUAGGAUACAAACCCACUACUUUCACAGAGAUCGCCCAGAGCUAUACUGUACCACACAGACCCGGACAUAUUGACACACAGGUUGCAAAGCAUCUAGCAACGGCAUACGGUACCAAGUCCUUCGAGGUCACUAAGAUUGCGGAAGAUCGAAAGUUGGGACAACGCCUCGUCAGAGGCCACCCUUACAUUGAGGCUGAGGUCGUAUUCAGUGUCAAGGAUGAAAUGUGCCGCACUAUCAGCGACUUCAUCGCCAGACGCACGCGAUUGGCGUUCCUGGAUACUCGCGCUACGUCCAUGACUAUUGACCGAGUAGGUGAGUUGAUGGCGGCAGAAUUAGGAUGGGACGAUGCCAAGCUCAAGCAGGAGAUUAGCAAUGCGCGCUCUUUCUUGAAAUCAUUUCAACUGGAAUAAUUCGAUACUUUGACUGUAGUAUAUACCCGGACUGUAGUAUAUCACAUGUAAAUCUCUAGAGAAACAGUGCUCAAUUAAAUAAUCUGUUGCCCAAUCGUGACCAUUUUCGAUUCAGACACCGUCCUACGCAUAAUAUGCUAACCGCAAGUUUAUAAUGUUUAAAACCCCGUUCAGCUUGCCACAUAUAAUCCCAUAGGGUUGCUUG